AUGGCGGACUAUUGGCAAUCUCAAGAUCGAAAAUUCUGCGACUUUUGCAAGUGUUGGAUCGCUGACAAUAGAGCAAGCAUUGAUUUCCAUAAAAAUGGUAAAAAACACAAGGAAAGUGCCAGCAAGAGAGUUAAAAUGAUAUACAAGAACAGCACCAAGCAAACCAAGAUCCAGAAGAAAAUUGAAUGUGAUCUUGAAAAUAUGGAAAAGGCCGCUUUGGCAGCUUACAUCAAAGAUCUCGAAGGAAACACGGUUGACAUAACAGCACAGGAAAUAAUGAAGAAUAAGCGCAACAGAAUUGACGAACCUAUCGUAGUUAGUCCUAAUCAAGUCCCCGAGGUAUUAUCAGUAAGAAAUUCUCGGCUCGAAUCAAGUAAAAAUCUUCCAGUCGACGUUGUUUUUUGUGAUCCUACCACAUUUUAUCGGGCUUACCGAAGAGAUUACAGUGUUCCGGAUAGAGUCGAUCCCUACGGGCCGUGGACGUCUGUUGAAAUAAAGUCUCCCAAAAUUGUUGACUUGCAAUUACCUGCGAAAAGGGUUAUACAAGUAGUAACGCCAGUAGUUAAGGAAACCCGGCACUGGCCAGUAUAUCAAGUAGUAUCAGAGGUGUAUAUUCUGGUACCGGCAUUAUUGGGGUUGAAAGGAAACCUCGAAAUGACUCUGGCCUCUCGACUGUCUACCCACGCAAAUCUGGGUCACAUGGACACAGAAAAGCAGCAGUAG